UUAAAAAAGCCACCGGGGCUGGCAGCCGGACACCUUUGACGAACCGGGCAGCGCAGGCGGCUGCUGCUGCUGCUGCUGCUUGCAAGAGCGAGAGAUCCUCGCCUUUCCUACCGCUGCUUUCCCACGACCAUCAUCCGAGUUUGGGGGGCUCUUCGCCUCCUCCCGUUUUACGGAUCUUUUUGCCGGCGCUUCAAAAAGACAGAGCUCCCCGUCUUGGUCCGGAGCGAAGGAUACCCCUUUAUUUUAGGACGUUUCGGAUUGUCGCUUAUUCCAGUUGAUUUAAAGUCCCUGUUUUGUUUUGAUUCGGGAUCGGUCCGGCGGAGAGGCGUCUGACGGCAUCGACUCCGGGAGCAGCAGCAGCGGCGCGGCGGCGGGAGCCGGCUGCUUCGCUGCUCGGUGGGUGCGCGCUUCUGGCCACGGGUUCAAAGCCCAGGUGAAUCGAAUGGACCACCAACCCACCCCCAGGAGCUGCAGCCGGGGACCCCCAGCCUGCGACACUGUCCAGAGUGACCCUCCUAUGAAUGUUUUCAUUCACACGACCACCGGGGCCCGGUAUGAGCUCUCUGUCCCCGUGGAAGAGACGGUGGAAGGUCUGAAGAGGAGGCUGUCUCAGAGGCUUAAAGUCCCCAAGGAGCGACUGGCUCUCUUACAUAAAGAAAGUCGUCUGAAUUCAGGCAAGCUACAAGAUUUGGGGGUCGGAGAAGGGAGCAAGCUGACUUUGGUACCCACGGUGGAAGCUGGCUUGAUGUCUCAAGCAUCUAGGCCCGAACAGUCGGUGAUGCAAGCAUUAGAAAGUUUAACUGAAACUCAGGUAAAUGACUUCCUGUCCGGGAGGUCCCCCCUGACCCUUGCCCUGAGGGUGGGCGAUCACAUGAUGUUUGUCCAGCUGCAGCUGGCAGCUCAGCAGAACAGCGGGCAGCUCCAGCACCGCCACGUGAUUGCCAGCCGAGGAGAACAAGCUGGAGGCGCCACGGCCCCUACGCCGGUGCCGGCGGCUGGACCGGCUGCCUCCAGUUGCCGCACCCUGCCUGGGAGCACUCCCGCCUCCUCCCCUACUUUUACCCGGCUCCCCACGGCGCCCGCUUGUCCGCCAAGCCCUGUGCCCAGUCCUGCUGCUUCUCCGUCGCCAAUGCAGACUAUGCCUCUCUACUGUACCACCGCUAACCCGACCCCCGUCACGGCAGGGAUGUUCCAUUCACACGGGACCAGCGCACAGACGGUCAACGGAGGGGGGAGCGGCAGCGUCAUGUCUUCAUGUUCAGAGGUAGACUGCGCCUCAAGAAGUAAAAGUUCGCCCAGCAGCAGCCCCACUCAGGCCUCUCGGACCCGGAAACACGGCGCUGUGAUAGAAAGCUUUGUUAACCACGCCCCUGGGGUUUUUUCGGGAACGUUUUCUGGCACUUUGCACCCCAACUGCCAAGACAGCAGCGGCCGGCCACGCCGAGACAUCGGCACCAUUCUGCAGAUCCUCAACGACCUCCUGAGUGCCACGCGGCACUACCAGGGCAUGCCCCAGUCGCUGACGCAGCUGCGGUGCCAGACGCAGUGCUCUUUGUCCACCCCGCCCCUGGAUCUCAACAACCACACUACCUCAGAAAGAACGGCAGCUGCUGCUAAUCAGCCCUUGCACAUGGGGGUCCAGUGUCCGAGCCAAGCAGCCACCUGCAAGCCCACCGGCGACCGCUUGCGGCAGACGGAGAACCGCGCCACGCGUUGCAAAGUGGAACGCCUGCAGCUUUUGAUGCAGCAAAAAAGGCUGCGCCGGAAGGCGAGGCGGGACGCCCGAGCCCCUUACCACUGGCUGCCCAAUCGAAAAUCCGGCCGCACCAGCAGCAACAGCAGCGUUUCCAGCGAAGGCAGCCUUGAUCUGGACUUCGAAGAUUCGGUUUGGAAACCCGAAGUCAAAGCGGACAUGAAAUCCGAAUUUGUCGUAGCAUAAAAAAUAAUAAACCUUGGGUAGGGGAAAUGGCAUCUUUUCGGGUGGGCAGGGGGGGGCAAGGGAGUGUUGGGGAAAAAAAAAAAAGAACCGAGAGACCAUUUAGUAAUAAUAAUAAUAAUAAUACAUUUUUUGGUCCGUGAGAGCAAAGUUUUUGGGUGCUUGAUUCUAACACAAGACUGGAUUGCUGUGGAUUGCGUUGAGUGGACCUCGUCUUCAGCUGCACCGAAAUGGAUCACCCAGCCUUGGAACAGUAUUUUCUAUUUUCAAAAAAAAAACACUGUUCUGCUUUUAUUUUAAGAACUGAAACAGCUUUGGGGGGGGGGGCAAAGCAGGCGAGCGAGAGACAAUUCGGAAAGCAAGAUGGCAAACCCGCGUCGUGGGGAGGGCUUACUUUGAUUUCGGAGAGAAGAAGAAUCUUCAAUGGCUGCCUUAGAAAAAAAAGUGUCGAGGGAAAAAAGCUGGACCGAUCAUGGCUUGAACGGAGAGCGAGAGAGCCGAAGACUUUAAACCUUCUGACUUCCUAAUUUUACUUUAUCAUUGGGGAUCGGAGGGCCAAAGAGGAAGGGGCGAACCCACCAACAGUUUGCGUGGGCUGAAAAGCUGCUUCCUCCCCACCCAAGCAUUGACAAAGUGGGGUGUGUGUGUGUUUGAAACUGGAGGCAGGGUUGUCUCGGAAUGCUUCCUCCUUUUUUUAAAAAAAAACAACAACAAUUAUUAUUAUUAUUUUUUAUUUGGGUGACUUUUGUGUAACGGGAAGCGCUGUGCAUUCUUCAGAUUAAGGGAGGGCCCCGAUGGAGGGUGGGUGGGUGAAAAGAAAAAGAAAGAAAAGAAAUGAGGGUGUAUGCUUGUGUGUGUGUCUACACACUUCUAUCUGUGUGUGCUUCUUUCCCUUCCUGGAUAUGUAGCAUUUCUGAAUUAUUCUUGACUUGUCUGAUCUCCCCUUAAGAGACCCCACUGCUUUCCCCUACUCACUUCCAAGGAUGUUUUCCGCCACGGGCAUUUUAAAGAUGUGUGACUGUUGCGGGUAGCGUGGGGGGUUUGGGAGACCAGAAACCCUCAAAUUUGGGGGGGUGGUUCUCAAACGAUGGAGGAGUGAGAGGGGAUAUGGAGUGGGGGACACAGGGUAAAGGAAUACUGUAUGCCCUCCAUUUGAGGGCUUGUCCUCUCUUCACAUUGUGAAUGCAACGUGAAUGCAAGAUACUGCAGCUUUUUUUAAAAAAAAAAAUAUGCAUUAAACUUAAAGAGGGGAUCUGAUCUUGUCUGGUUUUUUUUUUUUUUUUUUUGGUUUGUUUGUUUUUAAAGAACCAACAAAGUAUGUUACGAGCUAGGCAGAGGGGAGAGUAAGAUUUAAAACCUACCAUUCUGGAGCAUCAUGGGACCAGCUAGAAAGGCGUUGUUUGUUUUUUUAAAGUUUGUGUUAUUUCUAUUUUGUUUUUUUCUGCCAACUGCACCCAAAAUCAACCCUAAUAUUUUGGCCCGUUGGUUCUCCCUGUGGCAGAAUUCUCACCUGGUCCCCUUUUGUGUUUACUUCAUCCAUGUUGGGUAGCUGCUGAGAGGGUUUUCAAUGCUUCUGUUUAGCCCCUAAAAAAGAUGGCCGGCAUCCUUGAUCCUGCUUCCCAUAUCCUCCAUGGAAAGACCCAGGCUCUCUGUCCAUUCUCAGAGGCCAUUUUGCCAAGGCAUACACACACACACACGCAGGAGUCCAAAUUAUACCCUCUGGUUACAGAGACCAAGUCCUUGUUCUCAUCCACUUUUUUUUUUAAAAAAAAUAGUUUUGUGUUUUUUUUUAAUUAAGAGACACAAAAAUAAUCUCUGGAAAUUUAAAUGCUAGGAUGGUGGGUUUUUUUUUUUUUUUUAGUUGCUGAUUGACGAUGAUCUGAGCCAGUAAUUUUUCCUAGGCAGUAGAAAUUAGUUCUCAUUCUUCUUUGCAGACCUAGCAGCCACAAAAGUACAUUUGUGGAUAUGUGUGUGUGUUUGUGUGUGUGAUGAUUGAGUUUCAAAGAAAAGACGGUGUGGAGAAUAACUUGGGAUCAUCCAUAGAUCCAACUUUUGAGAUACAAAAAUUUAAUCUGCCAAGUCCCGUCUCUUAUGAAAACCUAACAAGGAGGAUCCCUGGCUAAGCAUCUCUGGGUUAUGACAUGAAUAUAAACAUAUGUUUAUAAAAAUAUCGCAGCUCUCCCUGAAAAUGAGGCCAGAGGUUGUAAUGGUGACUCAUAGCUGGAUCUUUGACGAAUCAAUUUUGACAACUACAUUUCCUAUGAAUUUCUUUCUAGGUUCCCCAACCUACAGUAAACUUAGAUUUAUGAGAAGAGAAGGUCACAAUAAGUUUUGUUAGGUCUCUCUAAGAGCAAAUAGGCAAUUCCUGACUUGCCUUGUGACCAGUGUGGUUGGGUAACUUACCCCCUCUUUAAGAUGCUGGAUUGCGUUUUUCACAAUGGACCAGGGAUGAAGCUAGUACAAGUUCUCCCAUCGCCUCUUCCUUUAAACAUCUGAGCCAUUUUUGGGCCGUCCACCCAGGCUGAAGGGGAAAAAACUCCUUUUCCAACGCAUGUUUUGGCUGCUUGAAAAGGUCAAAAGCUGAAAAGUGCUGCCCUUUUCUUCUUUUUCAGCCUUUUGUUUCAUUAUGAGUUUUCAUUAAAGUUGUUCAAGUGGAUUUUUGCAGACGGGAAAACCACAACUGGGGAAAAAAAAUAACAGUCAGGGACCCCUCUCCUUUUAUCAUUUUUCUCUUGCUUAUCCACCAUUCCCAUCUCUUUAUGCCAGAGGUCUCCAACCUUGGCCAUUUUAAGACUUGUGGACUUCAAUUCCCAGAGUUCCCAGAGCUUUGCUGGCUGAGGAACUCUGGGAAUUGAAGUCCACAAGUCUUAAAAUGGCCAAGGUUGGAGACCCCUGCUUUAUGCAAACCUUUUCCAUAGUUCAGGUAAUUGGGGAAAUGUUGGAGUACAGGAGAAAAAGACACUUCUCCAUCCAUAGCUAUCUUCAUCCUCGGGCUAGAAGUUUGUAACACUACUUAGUACCCAAUGUUAAUUCUCCUUUAAAAAAAGGGGGUAAUCAAAACCAGAAUAAAUCUCUGAAGCAAAUGCCUUUUUUUAAAAAAGAGGUUUUCCUAUCAAUUGCUCCACUAUCUUUCCUCUAGUCUCUUCUCUUUAGUUUGUGCCAAAUUUGCCCCUGCUCUUGAAAUGAUAAUUUUUUUUCAGCGGUUGGUGCCUUAAAGUGCGCGGCUGAGACCAAGAGAAGAGGCAUUCUCAAAAAAAAAAAAAAAAAACCGGCGGGGGUUCCUCUUGGGAAGUUGAAGCUGGGAUAUUCUCAGUUUUCCCUUUUGGGGUGGGGGGAAAUGCACAAAACUUUUUGUAGCUCAGUGGAAAUAUUCUUGCCUGUUCAAACUACGUGCCGUUCUUCUGUGUCCGUUACUUUUCGUUUUCCUCCCAUCUGUCAACUCUGGAGAUUUGUGAUUAGAGACUAGUCAACUCUUCUGGCUAUCUUAAGAAGUUUAUAAACAGUUUAAACUUGGUUUUCAGUUCACCACUCAACUUCAUGGGGGGAAAAUAGGAUCCCUAAGAGAGGGGGGGUGGGCAAACUUUGCAUUUGAGUUUGGCUACGAUUUUGCAGCAUUUCAUGGUUAGAAGUCAGGGUUGAAGACAUGGCCUUUUCUCCUUUGUAGAUUAAUGUCAAUUCCAGUAAGUUCUUAAAAGGAAAACUUAAAAGGUCCUGUAGAGAAUGGAAAGUCACCUGGCAUUCUCCAGGUGUGUUGGCCAGCUGCUCCAAUGAGGUGCAGCAACACAUCUGGAUAGAUCCAACACAUUUGGAUGGAUUGCAGAAGUGUUGGGGAGAGCUCAUCCAAAUAAGAUCUUGAAACAAAUUUUGGGGUGCCUGCAUGAUGUCAGGUUGUUGCUUCCAAACGACUCCAUUUAUAUUUCUCUCUAAAACCUUACGUUUAGCAAAGAUCCAGGGUAACCACUUCAUCUCAUGUUUUGCUUGUAUUUUAAGACAAUUGCACAGCUCUUCACCUUCCCUACCUUCUGAGACCACCAAAAAUUUGCAUCCCUUUCUGGAACUUUCUUGCCAACUAAGGGAAGUGGGCAACCGCUCCCCCUCUGGUCAAAUUGUGUCAUUACACUUCCUCUUUUCUUUCCCCUAGAUGUGAAAUUUCCUUUGUAUGUGAUGCUGUAGUGGGAUUUUUUUAAAAAAAGAUUUUUUAAAUGUUUUUUUUUAAGUGUGUAUUUAAAUGUACUACUUUUUGUAUGGUGUGUGAGUGUAUAUAUCCUUACUUCUUGCCCCUCCCUAAUUCAUCCAAUUUUUUCCCACUUGUCACCUGGGGGCAGGGAUCAGCUGUUUUCACCCCAUGCUGAACGUUUAGGUAACAGCAAAAAUAAAUCCCAGAAGCAUUAUUUAAAAAAAAUAAUAAUUAAAAUAAAGAUCCUCCUGUAUGUGUGAUUUGAAAGAAUGUUGGGGGGGGGGCACAAGGGGAAAACUGAUAGACUUGUUUUAUCACCUCAUUUAAGUUACCUGUAUUAAAAAAAAAAGAAACUUUUAAAAUGGUUUAAAAAAUAAUAAACACAAAAUAAAGAUUGCUUGAGCCACA